GAAAUUGAUGAGAUUUUUUUUUUUUCUUUUCCCACCCCAGAGCUUGGCUGGAUCUCAAAAGUACAUGUGAAUCGACCUGCAGUUGUGAGGCAUGCAGAACAAAUUAAAAAAUGGAAAACUGUGAAAGGUAAUUGGCAAGCUGCUUGGCUGCUGAAAGCUGUCACCUGCAUAGACCUUACCACUCUUUCAGGUGAUGAUACUCCUUCAAAUGUUCACAGACUCUGUUUUAAAGCAAAACAUCCCAUCAGAGAAGAUCUGCUGAAAGCCUUGGAUAUGCAUGAUAAAGGUAUUACUGUCGGAGCAGUUUGUGUAUAUCCUGCAAGAGUCACUGAUGCUGUUAAUGCUCUAAAGGCUGCUGGUUGUAACAUACCAGUAGCUUCAGUGGCUGCUGGGUUUCCAUCUGGGCAAACUCCUCUACAAACCAAACUGGCUGAAAUAAAGCUAGCUGUGGAAUAUGGUGCCAGAGAGAUUGACAUUGUCAUUAGCAGGAGUCUGGUGCUGACUGGCCAGUGGGAAGGUCUCUACGAGGAGAUCCGUCAGUGCCGUGAGGCCUGUGGAGAAGCUCAUAUGAAAACAAUCUUGGCAACAGGUGAACUGGGGUCCCUUGCUAAUGUCUACAAAGCCAGUAUGAUAGCUAUGAUGGCAG